UAUGUAUGUGUGUGUGUGUGUGUGUGUGUGUGUGUGUGUAUGCAUGUGUAUGUAUGCAUGUGUAUGUGUAUGUAUGCAUGUGUGUGUGUAUGUAUGCAUGUGUGUGUGUGUGUUUGUGUGUCCGGGGAGCAACGGCCCUACGUAGGCGGCUGUUGUCUCGUGUACAGUACCGUGGACUGUUGCUGAGGUGUGUAGUAGCAACACGGGCGAGACGACACACACUCCGGGGAGCAACGGCCCUAGGUAGGCGGCUGUUGUCUCGUGUACAGUACCGUGGACUGUUGCUGAGGUGUGUAGUAGCAACACGGGCGAGACUACACACACACACACACACACACACACACACACCGCAAGGUAGGCUUGGCUACACAGACCUUCUCCCUUUUGGUACAUUUUAGACAUUGUGUCACCUGUUUAUUCUUUGUUACUCUAUAGUUAUGUUCUGAUCUGAACACAGCCGCAGAGCUCUCUAAUCUAAUCUAAUCUAAUCUAAUCUAAUCUAAUCUACAGAAUGCUAGUUUGGAAACCUGUUAGCUCGCUAGCCGACUGUUGUAAAUAGCAUUGCUAGCUUGCUAACGGUAGGCUACCAUAUAACGUAACCCGCCUGAUAAUAUUUACAUAUGAGUAUAUAAGUGAGAAAUAUAUUAAGUGAAUGUAAUCAAUGUACGUUUUUUUUCUCUCCACUGUUACACGAUGAUCUAAAAACGUAGACAGCUAAAUGUCAAACUAGCUCCAGAGCUAGCUGCUAAGCUGUAGCUAGCUAACUUGAGUAAUCCCUUUAUCUGAACAGAGCCCAUUGCCCCCGUGUGAUUAAGGUUAUUUUAACAUUUUACUCAACAACCCCGACUCUCUCCUCCUUUUAUUUACUACUUUUUAAGCUCGGUAACAGGAACGGAGAGUUGUUGUAACAAAACCCAAGUGUUAUUUCCUAAUAAAUAACUAAAGGUGGAGGAAAAUCGUGUGAAAUAAGAAAUCAAAUACCAAAGGAAUUAUCUGAAUCUUAGACUUUUCUACAGAGGUGAAAUGAAUGCAGCAGCCCUUUUUGUGGCCGUGUGAGCGCGGUGUGAGCAGAUCAGAGGUGAAGUCAGUAUGAGCAUGAAGAUGAACGAUGACGGACUUGUAGCGACUAUGGCCAAAUCUAAAGCAAAGAGAACAGAGAAGUCCAAACCUGAUUCGGAAAGGGAUUCUGGCUUCUCAGAUGCUAGUUCUGAGUAUCUGAGUGUAGUUGACCAAGCAGACACAGAUGAUGCAGCACGAGCGAUGUUGCAAGCGGUGUCGGGUUCCAGGUCCCAGACUUCUCAGCUGGCUGUCAUUGGAGGAUCUUUCCAAAGUCUGUCACCCAUGAUCAUCAUGAAUAAUGUGCUUCUCAAACAGCCUGGUGAUAAUCCUCCCUCUGCAAAGCCUUGGGGCUUCAGUCCAGCUGUUGAGGUUGUACAGCAACCCCAAGUAGUCUUCCUCCAACCGGUAAUCUCGCAGAGAACUGCUUCAGAGCCAAAAGGACCACCCAGUAAGCGUCGUAAGCAUAAGAAGUACCUUCCCAUCCUGAAAUCCUAUCCCAAAAUAGCCCCUCACCCGGGGGACAGCCCACGUAGUAGCUGCACUAGUAGCAGCAGCUCCAAGGUCACUGCAUCAGUGAAGAGUUCCAGUUCGUCUUCCAGCUGUUGGGAUGCUCCUGAUGGAGACAAGCAGCAAGCUGUACAAACCAGUUCCUCUUCCGUCUCCUUCACGCCGAACCACAUUACACCAACCAGGCAUCAUCCAGCAUCACCUCAGCCCCAUACUCCACUUACUGAUUCUAACACUGCCAGUUGUCCUGGUGUGGAAAAGCCCACUGCUGGAAGGCUGGAGCCCACGACAGAACCCACAGAAAUGCACGCCAAGACAUUACAGACCCAACCACAGGCUGACAUUAAAGAUGGCAUCUGCCAGAACAGUGACUCUGACAGCAAUGACAAGAGGAAGCGUUUCUGCAACACCUACAAUAUUCUAAGUAAAUCCGGCCUGCUGGACAUCACACUGCGCACUAAAGAGCUGAUACGACAGAACCGGCGCACACAGGUUGAGCUGGACCAACUCCGUGAGCACACAAACCUCUUUAUGGAGGCCCUACAGACAGGAGACUUGUGUAUCUGGAGCAAAUUACAGAUGAGUAUGCUGGAAGAAAGUGAGAAGGAGAAGACUGUGAAUACUGGGUCAGAGACACAAAUGGAUCAUUUGAAGUAGGACACUUGAACUUUUUGAAACAGGUUGUGUAAAUUUUACCAGUCUUGAGCAUUCGUUUCAUUAUGGUGGAAUGUUUCUAAGUUUGAGAACUUCCAACGCCUGAAAUAUUGUGGAUAAAGAAAAACAAUAUAUGUUAAGCUGUUCGUAGUGGUGAGCUCUGUGGUACCUUUGCUCCAGGCAAACGGAAGAACAGGUACAGCAGGGCGCUCAUGGCUCCAAGGUCCCUGGUUCAGUCCCGAGUUCUGGUUACUGUUUGUGUAGAGUUUCACACUAUUCUGUCCGUGUCUGUGAGAGUUUCCUCCGAGUUCUCCAGUUUCUUUCCACCUCCAAAAACAUGCCGAUAGGUGGAUUGGCUAAUUGAAAUGACCCCUAAAUGUGAAUUAUGUGCAAUUCGAUGACAUCCUAUCCAGGGGGUAUUCCUGCCUCACUCCAGGUGUUCGUAGGGUAGGCUCUGGAGCCACCGUGACCAUGAUAGAGCCGUUACUGUAGAUAAAUGAGAACUUUGAUUCAAUAAUGAAAUUCAGUUUGAUAGAACCACGACCACAUAAGAUGAAUGGAUAUGUCUGACCUUGGUAAAGGCCGUACAAAUGAAAGAUGAUCUUCAUAAAUCUGAUCUGCAGUCAGUUUUCGAAGCAUUUAUGACAGCUUUAAUUUUUUGCCUCAGUAAUAUAGCUAGAUUGUGAAGUUACCAUAGUAUUAGCAACAUUGUGAAUAUGCGUACGGACUGCUGAAUAGCAUGAUUUAAAACAGAACUAACCGUCAAUAUGAAAACAAGGAUACGGAUAAAAAAACAUUCACAUUAUCAGCAGACAAAGCAGGCUGGUGCGUUAAUGCUUUAUAGAGGCAUGUGACAGAAUAACCUUAGCGAUAGUACAAAAAGGUAUUUAGUAAUCCUACUUUUGUAGUCGUAUGGCACCACAAUGUUUAGAAGAUCUGCUCAGUGCUGAAAUGAUUCUGUGCCUGUAGGAUGGACUCUUCAGAUGUAACUUUUGCAGCACUUCUCUGCUGUGCUUCUUUUACCUAUGUUACCUAUGUACUAAGAUUUAGUAGCAUUACUCGUUUUAUAAAUACCCAGGAGGAGCAGUUAUGUAUCAGAGACAUGCAUUGUUAAUCAGCCAAACCGAAGAUCUCACAAAUUGGUAUCAUUAUUGCUUUUCAUUGGUUUGAUCAGAUCACUUUCCUCAAGUAUCUUUUAAAUAACUAAGGCAGGUAUGAGAGCCUGUUAGCUGAAUCCUAAAUUGUAAAACCAGUUGCCUUAACCUUUCCACUGGUAAAUACGGUUGCCAGCACGUCUCGUCUAAUGUCCACGAAUGGCGUUUUGGUUGAUUGGCCACUUGCAAUAAGUGUAUUGUGUGAUAAUACAGUCAAAAUGUUCUUUUAAUAUUAACAUACAAUUUGGUGUCCCAAACAGUUUCCCCUAAAAUGUUCAUGAAUUGUUUUGUAACCGAGGCAUUAACCAGAAUGUCUCUGUGGCUUAUUUUGAAAACCUCUUAAGCAACUGGUGUUACAUGGAUGUGAAUUGUUUUGAGAACUUAAUGUCUGUCACACAUGAAAGAACAUGUUCAAAACAUAGCUUCUCUAACAUAUUUCUCUCCUACAGUUAUGAAGCUCUUGCACUGAUUUACACUAAUAUACAGAAAGAUGCUUAAACCAGUAAACCGAUGAGUUGCCCCUAUAUGGAAGACUUUAUUUUAUUUUAUUAUUAUUUUUUAUUAUUAUUAUUUUUAAUUCAGUUCGCAGGAGUCUUGUACUGAAAUGUAUUAAUUUGAUAGAAUGUUUUGUUGGAUUUAGUCUCAGCAUCAUUAUAAAAAAGAUCUAAGUCUGAAAUCUAUUCAAAUGUUUGGAAAAUAUAAGAUGAUUUCUGUGAAUCACAGUACAGGUGUUAGCAUGUAACCUAUAUACCGACAGUCUUUUGGCCUUUUUUAUAGUCACGCAAAAUUGUAGGAAAGAAUUUCACAGCCAGGUGGAUAUUAUCCAGGCAGUUGUCACUGUAUAAGUAGCUUGCUCCUAGACUGUCCGUUUGGAUCUAUAGAUCUUGUUAUAAUUCAAUCUCUAAGAUUAGGCUGUGCAUAAACACUGGAAUGCAAUUGUUAUGCUAUCUGCCUUGUUUUUAUUCCAAUUGUAUAAUGGAAGUGUACUGGCAGAUAUUUUUUUUUCAUAGAAAAAUGAUUGUUUGGAACUAGUAAGGACUAACAGCAGCGAUCUUGGCCUUUUUGAAACUUCACUGGAGUUAAUGUUGCGCCUCUGUCAGGCCAAUCUUUGUUGGCAAAAAAAACGAAAUGUCAGAAGUGAUACUCAAGAUUUUGUUUUGAGGCAGCUAAAAGUUGACCACUAGUUUGUAACUGUGACGUUUUCUUUUCGAAUAUUUUCGAAAUUAAAAAAAAUUCUAGUCUGUGAAUUUCACAUUAACUGUAGCAGCAUACUCCUGCCUUUAAGUAUGGUAUUUAGCAUUGCUUUCAGACAAAGGUCAUGUAAAAGUACAUCUCAUUGUCACUCUGUUCUGUGAGUUUUGUGUUACUGUUACUGUUCUUGUGGCUCUUGCUUUGAUCUUUAGAUUUAGCUACUAUAUCUUAUUUACUCAUCUUCCUUUUUAAAGCCUGUCAGCUUCAAAUGCUGCAUCAAUAUCUUUUUAUUUUUGCACAUCAGCUGUGCCUCUUAACCUUAAACCAUGGAAGUUUCCAUAGUGAAUGUAUGUUUCUGUUAUUAACGUUGUUACCGUGUUCUUGGGAGACAUAACUGUCCUAAUCAGUGAGUCAUGGCUAGAUCUCGAAGACAGAACACGUGAUUGAUUUUAGGAGAGUGCGUAACAAACACUAGAGCACUGUUUUCUGCUUGUAAAAACAAAAUGCCUCCUUUUUGAAUAAUCAUACACAUAUAAUUCAUUUUGUAUACCUAUCUUGCACAUAUAUGCAAUUUUUAAAAUGGUUAUCAUUGCUGUUCUUUUAAAGUAUUUACAAAUAUGUGCAAACUGCAAAAUUAUUAUAUAUGGACAGCUGCAUUUUCUUUUUUUCCAGUUAUUUUCAUUCUUUGUUUUGUUGUUGUUGUUUGUUUGUUUUUAAACAAUUGACUGUAUAGUUGAGGACAUUCCAUAUUUGAUGUAAGACCAAUAGACAUUUUGACAUUUUUAUAGUCUUCCAUUAUAGUAUCUGGGAAAGUACAAUCCAAUUAUUUGGCACUCAUACAGUUCUAUCUGAAAGUAUCUGACAAGGCCAAUUCUUUUUUUUCUUUUUUCUUUUUAUGCUAUUCAAGGAAGUCAUUUUUAGAUUGAGAUCAAAAGAUGAAUUUGAAACUGUGAAAAGAGGGAAAAACAAUCAGAGCAACUGCACACAAGCAUUGGAUAUAGCCAGUAGAACUGACAAAGAAAUAAACCACUGGUGUACUAACAACCAGACAUCAAACCAGUUGGCCAAGGAAAACAACAGCAGUUGAUGACAGAAACAUUGUGAGAGCUAUGAAGAAAAACCCAAAAACAAUAGUUUGUGAUGUCACCAACAACCUUUACAGGGCAGGGGUGAAGGUAUCACAAUUCGCCAUUCGAAAGAAGAAUUUGAGAGCAGAAAUAUAGAGGCCAUACCACAAGAUGCAGACCACUCAUCAGCAAAUACAGAGACGAGCCACAAAAGUUCUGGAACCAAGAUGAACCUCUACCAAAGUGAUGGAAAGGCCAAAGUGUGGAGUAAGAAAGGAUCUGUUCAUGAUCCAAAACAUACAAGCUCAUCUGUAAAACAUGGUGGAGGUAGUGUCGUGGCUUGGGCUUGCAUGGCUGCUUCUGGAACAGGCUCACUAAUCUUUAUUGAUGAUGUAAGCAGAAAUAAUUCAGAAGUGUACAGGAACAUUCUGUCUGCCAAUUUACAGAGAAAUGCAUCCAAAUUAAUUGGGAGGAACUUUAUCAUGCAGCAAGACAAAGACUCAGAACACACUGUCAAUACAACAAAGGUCUUUAUCAGGAGGAAAAGGUGGAAGGUUUUAGACUGGCCGAGUCAAUCACCAGACCUUAACCCAGUUGAGCAGUAUUUCACCUCCUGAACAGGAGACUGAAGAGAGAACUCCUCCUGGGAAGCUGCAGUACAAGCCUGGAAAAUCAUCACAAAAGAAAAAUGCAACAAUUUUUGAUUUCAGACCCAAAUGUCUUCAGUGUAUAGCAAAAACAAAAGAAUUGGCCUUGCCAUUCCAAUACUUUUGGAGGCGUCUGUAUACUAGUAGAAGAGACAGAUCCCUCAAAAACGUGCAAAUUUAUAUUUUCUAAAUAAUAGUAGUGUGUGAGAGAGGACCUUAGUGAAAAUGUAGUGCUAAUGCAUCAGUAAUUUUUUGUGCACUUGUACAAGAUUAUUUAAAACAAGAUUUUAGUGAAAUAAUGUUAUUUGCCAUGAAAAAAAAGCCCCAUAGUAAUUUAAAAACAUUACACAAACAAUAUUCUAGUUAAAUAUUUAAUAUAUAUUGGAGGUGCUGGUAUGACUAUGGUACUUGGGACCUAAUAACUGACUGCAUGUAGAUUGUGAAGUUUUUUUGGUUAUUCUGCUGACUAGUUCAUCACUUGGACUUCCUUCAUUUUCUGACAUGUACCGGCUGAUCAUCUUGAUGCUAUACAGAAUGAACCCGCAACAUCAGAAAAUCCCCCUAGCAAAAGCUAGCAGUUAUAUUACCCUGUGGUUCCUGGUGGACCUUGAUGAUAGUGCCAACAAUGACCCAAGCCUGAUAGUGAUAUUGCAUAGCAAUGAUAUGAGAAGGUGCAACGUAAUGUAAUAUAAAUAAAUAUGUGUACUUCAGAUGUAACAGAAUACAAACACUGAGCAUCUAAAUAAAACCAUAUUUCUACCA